ACGGUGGUGCCUACUUGUAACACAUUUUAUUUAGAGAGAGAGAAAAAAAAAGUUAGUUUGUAGACGUUACCGGACUUCAACCCUUUUUAUCCACCGGAAUUCAGGACUUUUUUCACGUCCGGCUAGGGCUCAAAAUCUCAACCCUCCUCACCCCUCAUCUUUAUCACUCACUCUCGGGAUCAGUACAAUCUUUCCCCCCAAAAAAGUUGAAAUUUUUACCACUCUUUAUGACUGUCAGAUUCAGGAUCUGAAAUUUCGUCAAGAUUAAAGAUGUUUACGCCUCAGAAAGUGUUGUCGGGCUGGCUGUCGGGUGCUAGAGACGAGAAGAACGGGUCUGGUAAUUCGGACCCUAAUUGUUCAAACCCUAAUAAGGGUUUUGGUGUCGGUGAUUUGACACCCAAGGGUUUGGUGUCGAACGUUGGGGUUUUGGAUCAAGAUGUUGUGGUUGAUAAGAUUAAUAAGCUUGAGAAGGAGCUCUAUGAAUACCAAUACAACAUGGGCCUUCUUCUCAUCGAGAAAAAAGAAUGGAUCUCAAAAAACGAACAAUUUGAGCAAGCAUUAGCCGAAACCAAGGAGCUCCUCCAACGAGAACAAACGGCUCAUCUUAUCGCAAUGUCAGAAGUAGAGAAACGAGAAGAGAAGUUAAGAAAAGCAUUGGGAGUUGAAAAACAGUGUGUCCAUGAGUUAGAGAAAUCUUUGCGGGAAAUGCGGUCAGAAUACGCAGAAAUAAAAUUCACCGCUGAUUCAAAGUUAGAAGAAGCACACGCGCUGUCUACUAGCAUAGAAGGGAGAUCGUUAGAAGUAGAGGCAAAGUUACGUUCUGCUGACGCUAAGCUUGCUGAGAUCAGCAGGAAGUCAUCGGAGAUUCAACGAAAAGCAGCGGAGAUCGAGGCAAAAGAAAAUUCACUCAUGAGAGAACGCGUGUCAUUCAAUAACGAGAGAGACGCACAUGAACGUAGUUUAUCGCACCAACGGGAGGAUUUACGAGAAUGGGAGAAAAAAUUACAAGAGGGAGAAGAGAAGCUUGUUGAGCUUCGUAGAUUGAUUAAUCAAAGAGAGGAGCUAGCAAAUGAUAACGAUAAAAUCGUUAAGCAGAAACAACUUGAUCUCGAAGAAGAACAAAAGAAGAUUGAAAUCGGUAAUGCGGCUUUAAAAGCUAAAGACGAUGAAAUCAGCACGAGGAUGAAAAACGUAGCUUUGAAAGAGAAGGAAGCUGCGGUUAUGAGAAAGAAUCUAGAAGUAAAAGAAAAGGAAUUACAAGGGGUAGAAGAGAAGCUGAACGCGAGAGAAAAAGUAGAGAUUCAAAAACUCAAGGAUGAACACAAGGCCAUAUUGGAUGCAAAGACACGCGAGUUUGAGUUAGAAAUGGAAGAAAAGAGAAAAUCGUUAGACGAUGAAUUCAAAGUUAAGGUUAUCGAGGUGGAGAAAAAGGAAGUUGAAGUCAAUCACUUGGAAGGAAAAAUCGCAAAACGGGAACAAGCUCUCGAGAAGAAACUCGAGAAAAUUAACUCUAAAGAGAAGGAUGUUGACGUAAAGUUGAAAGAAUUGAAGGAGAAGGAGAAGACGUUUAAAGCCGAGCAGAAGACGUUAGAGAAAGAACGGGAAAAAUUACGUGGCGAAAUGGAGAAUUUGGCGAGUCUCGAGGCUGAGCUCAAGAAAUUAAGUAGUGAAAUUGAAGAACAAAGGUCAAAAGUAGACAAAGAACGGGAAAGACUUCGAGUAACGGAAGAGGAACGUGCGGAAUUCGUCCGUUUACAGGCGGAAUUAAAGCAAGAGAUAGAGAAAACGAGACAAGAACGGGAAUUGGUUUUGUCGGAAAGGGAGAAUUUGAAGCGUGAGAAGGAGAAAUUCGAAGUGGAAUGGGAAGAACUUGAUGAGAAACGAGCAGAGAUAAAGAAGGAAUUGGAAUCGGUUGCUUUACAGACGGAAAAGAUGGAGAAAUCGAAUCGUGUAGAAGAGGAGCGGUUGAAAAAUAUGCGGUCGGAAACCGAGAGUUACGUAGAGAGAGAGUUGGAAUCUCUCAAACUCGAUAAAGAAUCGUUUGCGGCUUACAUGGAUCACGAGAAGUCGGUGUUGGAAGAAAAAUAUAACAAUAAAGAAUCCCAAAUGCUUCAUGAUUUCGAAGUGAGAAAACAAGAACUCGAAGCCGAAAAUCGAAACAGAGAAAUGGAAUUCGAGAACCGUAUGCGCGAACGGGAAAGGUCAUUGGAAGAAGAGCGAGAAAGAGAGUUAGCAAACGUGCAGUAUCUGAGAGACGUCGCUAGUCGAGAAAUGCAAGAAGUGAAAUUCGAACGCGCACAGUUAGAAAAGGAGAAACAUGACGUAUUUGCGAACCAGAAGCAUCUAGAAAGUCAACAGCUUGAAAUGAAAAACGAUAUUGAUUCACUCGUUGGGCUUAGCGUGAAGUUAAAAGACCAACGCGAACAAUUCUUAAAAGAACGUGAACGGUUUGUUGCGUUUGUCGAGAAACAAAAGGGCUGCAAGGAAUGCGGAGAGCGAGUUUCCGCGUUUGUGCUGUCCGAUCUUCAAUCGUUAGCCGAAACUAAAAACGCUGAUGAAUUUGCUUUACCGAAAUUAGCAGAUGGUUAUUUGAAAGAAUCGGUUCAAGUUACUUCCGAGAGUAAACCAAAUGUCGGGACUUCUAUCGGUAAUUCAGGAUCUCCCGGUUCUGGUAGUAGAACGUUAAACUGGUUGAAAAAAUGUACGUUUAUCUUCUCAGCCGGGAAGAAGAACGAGCAUAAAGCCGGUGAAACGGAAAUCGAAGCGCAAGAGAAGCUUGUAGACGUCGGAGAAAUACCCGAGUUUAUACUGAGCUCCGAGGACGAGCCGGAAGUGUCGGCUCGAGUCGUACCGGAUUCUUUCGACGUCCAACGCGAUGCGGACCAGUCAGCUGACGAAGGUCAUAAAAACAUCGCACACGAGAUUGAGGAAGUUGCUCAGCAGCCUGAUGAGAAUGAAGGUCAAAGUAAGUCAACCAAGAGGCAGAGGCCCAGGGCUCCUCGAGCCACACGGUCCAAAGCUACUAGUGAUAACAAUGGCGUUGCGGAAAACUCUGUUUACACAAACGAAGUGAGUCAGGGAGUUUCGAAAGGUGGGGGCCGCAAGCGCACGAGUGAACAGGAGCCUGCGUACAGCGAACAAUCUGAUAGCGUCACAAACGGGGGCCGCAGGACCCGGAGAAAGAAAGUUGCGGAGGCUCCUAAAGUAGCACGGUACAACCUACGUCGAUCCACAAGGGGAGCCUCGUCGAAUCAAAGUAAAGAGGACGGAAUCGAUUCAAAGGUCCAGCGUGGAGCUUCAACGACUACUGCUAACGGAGGCUUGCAAGCCAGUAAGAAAGUUGUGGAUGACGAGAAUGAGUUUGCAAACAAGCUUCCAGAAGAUGUGGCUUUGAGUGAAGAAGUCACCGGGACACCACAACAGGUUAGAGAGAAUCACAACGAUGAUCAUGAGAUCCAAACUCAACAGGAAGAAGACGACGGUGACGGUGAUGGUGAUUCGGAAGUUGAAUCCGACGAGGAGGAGACGGAGCAUCCGGGUGAAGUUUCGAUAGGAAGAAAGCUAUGGACGUUUAUUUCGACAUGAGACGAAAAAGUGUUUUAUAUGAAUAUGCAUGCAUAGAGUCCAAGCAACUCUUUCCUUUUUGGUGUCGAGAGUUGUUUGUUGUGUUUCUAGCGUCGGUCGGUGGGUCGGUGGGUCUUGAUUAUUAUUAUUUGUGUUUAUGUAGUAGUCAUGGUAAGUAGUAGCUAAUUUACAAGGAGUCUUAGAUUGUUUUUGCAAAGCAAAUGCUGCUUGCUACAUAAAAUUUAUGUAAACCUUCACAUGCUUGCUUUUCAUUUUCUUUUAUUUAUUACCAGACUUGGAUUGUUCAUUCUA